AUGUCUGCACAACCUCAAAACUUCUACCCUCCCCCUCCAGGUGCCGCUCCCUCGCAGCAGACACCUGAGAGCCAGCGUAUUUACUCGCCGCCGCCCACCACAUCACCCCCAGCGACGCAGUACGCGCCGCCGCCCACCUCAUCACCAUCCACCCAGCGCCAGUACGCACCGCCCCCGACCUCUUCGCCGCCCAUCCAGCAAUACGCGCCUCCUCCAACGUCUUCACCACCCAUCAAGCAGUAUCCCGCUCCCCCGUCUGGUGGCCAAGCGCAAUCUUAUCCCCCGCCGCCCUCAUCGACCGGCCCAAGCAAGCAGUAUGCCCCUCCGCCGCAGCAGACGCCCUCCCCUCACUACGCGGCGCCGCCAUCCAGUCCUCCCCAGCAACAGCAGCAGCAGCAACAGCAGCAGCAGCAGCAGCCGCCUCAGUAUGCCAACCUCACCAUGAGAGCUGGCACCGGUCAGGCUCACCAAUCGCCUCACAACUCGCAGCAGUACGCCGAGCCCCCGCCUGCGUUUUCCAGCUUUAACCCCGCCUAUCCGCCUGAAAAGGCCGAUGCCCAUCAGCUGCGCCAGCCUCAGCCGCAGCAGCCACAGUUUGCUGCUCCUCCCACGUACCCAAAUCAGGACGCCGGAUAUCCUGCUGAAAAGACAACGGCAGCAGCGCAGCAUUCUCAACAGCACCAGCGGCAGCAUUCUCAGCAGCAGCAGCAUUCCCAGCAGCACCAGCAGCAGGUCGUCAACCGGCCGCUGAGCCAGCUCUCGGCCCAGACCGGCGCCUCGGCCCCAGGGUCCGCUGCCGGUGCUGCCGGGUUUGUCGGCGCCGUGGCCACCAACGACGAUGUUGGCACCUUCAAUGGCGGCAGCUACCGCAUCAGCCACCGCGACUGCAAUACCAUCCUGACCAUCCAGCUCGCCAUGGGCUGCCCGCUCGGCGCCAAGCCCGGCGCCAUGAUUGCAAUGUCCCCCACCAUGACCCUGCGCGGUGAGCUCAAGUUUAGCGUCAAGAAGAUGAUUGCCGGCGCCGAGCUCGGCCAAUCCCACUACGUCGGUCCCGGCGAGCUGCUGCUUGCGCCGCCCAUGCUCGGCGACAUCACCACCAUCCGCCUCGACGGCACCGCCCAAUGGACCUGCGGCCACGACGCCUACCUGGCCUCCACCCAAGGCGUCCACAAGGACCACAAGCGCCAGGGUCUCGGCAAGGCCAUGUUCAGCGGCGAGGGUCUCUUUGUCUACAAGAUGAGCGGUACCGGUAUCGUUUGGGUGUCCAGCUUUGGUGCCAUUAUCCGAAAGGAUCUCGCGGACGGAGAAAAGUACAUCAUCGACAAUGGUCAUCUGGUCGCCUGGAACACAAAGUAUAUCUUGGAGCGUGUUGCUUCUGGUGGCAUCAUUUCCAAUCUCGCCUCUGCAGAAGGUCUUGUGUGUAAAUUUACCGGCCCAGGUACCGUCUACAUGCAGACGCGAAAUGGACGCGCCUUUGCUGCUUUCAUGGGCGGCAUCUAUCUUAUUUCUCAGGAGUGCCUCGCCACUACGUCUUGCGGGCAGAUCUCGUGCCUUCCCUCACUCACUUCAGCGGCGUCGCGCCUUCAAACUCUGUUGCUGAGCUGCAACGUCCCAUAA